GAGGAGAGGCUCGGCCGAGACACCCGCCCCGGCUCCUCCUGCUCCCCCACCCCCACCCCCACCUACUAAGGCUCCCCGCGCGCGGCGCUCCGCUCACUGGCCGCGCGUCCCAGCAGCCUCCCAGCAGCCGACGAUCCUGCCGUGCCUCCCGCCCAAGACCUCACCAAAAUGCCGUCUCAAAUGGAACACGCCAUGGAAACCAUGAUGUUCACGUUUCAUAAGUUUGCUGGGGAUAAAGGCUACUUAACAAAGGAGGACCUAAGAGUACUCAUGGAAAAGGAGUUCCCUGGAUUUUUGGAAAAUCAAAAAGACCCUCUGGCCGUGGACAAAAUAAUGAAGGACCUGGACCAGUGCCGAGACGGCAGAGUGGGCUUCCAGAGCUUCUUUUCGCUAAUUGCUGGGCUCACCAUCGCAUGCAAUGACUAUUUCGUAGUGCACAUGAAGCAGAAGGGAAGGAAGUGAGCAGUUACCUUGCCCUGAUAAGAGUUCUCCCAAUGGGUCCCUUAAGGAAUAUGUGCCCCACAGCUUCCCUCUGUCUAAGAAUUUCAUGAGCAGAUUGGGACUCUUAAAAAAAUGUACAAAUAAAAUCCCACCCCCAUUGAACAAGAGAAAGAAAAGCCAAUGAAGCCAGAGAAGCUUUUGAUUUUUA